AGAUAAAACAAGUCCAACUGGUUAUAGAGAGAGAGAAAGAGUAAAGGUCAGUUUCGUUUCUUGUUCCUGAUUUCAGUGAUGGCGGCUGCUGAUUUGAGAGCUGAGCUGACCUGCUCCAUCUGCCUGAGCAUUUAUACUGAUCCUGUAUCCCUGCCGUGUGGGCACAACUUCUGCCAGUGCUGUAUUGAGAGAACAUGGUACUGGCAGAAGAGCAUAGAGGAAGAUCCUUCCUGCCCUGAAUGUAGAAGAACUUACAGGAGAAACCCUGAACUGCAAAGGAACCUGAGGCUGAGGAACAUAGCAGAGCAAUUCCUUUCUACUGACUAUGGGACUGGGACCUCUUGGAACAGAAAAUGCUCCUCACACCACAAGUACCUGGAGUAUUACUGCUAUGAGGAGUCUGUCUGUGUCUGUGUGUCCUGCUGUCUGGCCGGAGAGCACAGGGGACACAGGGUGGAUCUGCUGAGUGAGGCCUCUGAGAAGAAGAAAGAGAAACUGAGGAAAGUUGUGGAGAAACUGAGGCCAGAGAGAGAUGAGACUGAGAGAGAAGCCCAGAGACUGCAGGAGCGCAGGAGAGAAGUGCCAGAAAAAGCAGCCGGUGAGACAGAGAGAGUCACUGCCCUGUUUAGAGACAUCAGGGAACAGCUGGAAGCCCUAGAGAGGCAAGUUCUAAGAGAUAUCUCAAGGCAGAAAGAGAAGCUCUCACUCACACUCACUAAUCUGAUCCACCAGCUGGAAAUAAAGAAGGACGAGCUGUCCAGGAAGAUCCAUCACAUUGAGGAGCUGUGCAACAUGGCAGAUCCACUCACUGUCCUACAGGAACGGGAAUCACAUGGAGCUGCAGAUAAUGAGGGGGGCAGAGAGAGACAUGAUAUAAAGGUCCCUGCUGUAGGGGAUCUGGAUGUGGAUCUGAUCUCAGAGACAUUACUCACAUUAGCUGCCAUUGUGACUGGGGUAAAGGGAAGGAUCUAUGGGCAGGAGGCUACAGACCUGUUACUGGAUAUAAACACGGCUGGGAAUCUUGUAUCUGUAUCAGGGGACAGGAAAUCUGCUUCUGGCUCAAAUACAGACCAGUGUCACCCACAAACCCCAGAGAGAUUUCAGUCUCCUCAGGUUUUAAGCACCAGGAGUUUCUCCUCAGGGCGACAUUACUGGGAAGUGGAGGGCAGUGGAGCAGGGUACUGCAGGGUAGGGGUGGCCUAUCCCAGUAUAGAGAGGAGAGGGGUUCAGUCCUGGAUUGGGGAUAAUAACAAGUCCUGGUGUUUUUGGAGAUGGGAUAAUAAUACCUAUACAGUGACACAUGACAGUAAAGACACAAAGUUACCCCAUGUCCCUUCCUGCAGGAGAGUCAGGAUCUCAUUGGACUAUGAGGCCGGACAUCUGUCCUUUUAUGAGCUGAGUGAGCCAAUCAGACACUUACACACCUUCACUGCCACAUUCACUGAGCCCCUUCAUGCUGCAUUCUGGGUAGGGUGGGAUGGUGCCUGUGCGAGAAUCAUUAGUUAGGGCACUACCCAGCAGGAAACCCAUUCCCAGAGUUGCCCUUACCCUGUGAUACCAUGAAAGGAAGGGAGUACAGGAGACAUAUUGAUAUUGGGCAGUCUCUCUGGCACUUGGGCAGUCAUUUUAACUGAUUUACAAACACAGAUACUAAAAUACAGUUGCCAAUAGCAACCAAUAAGGAUUUUGCUUUCAUUUUGCAACUUUUAACAGACCGUUAACUCUAAUUGCUGAUUGGCUGCUACAGGCAGCCAAUCAGCAAUAUGCAAUUUAUCCCCUGUGUUUCUAAAUCAGAACUAAAAAGUAAUUUCUCCCCCACCAGAAUGACAUUUAUUGACUAUUGAAACAAUUUAGAAAGUGGAUUAUUUUAUAUUUCUUGCCUUUUCCCUUCUCAUACCAGCCUGGCACAUUACAACUCCC